CUCACACUGUCACACACACACACACACCCCUAAGUAUAAUCAUGCCGCAGCAAGAGAGAGGGAGAGAGAUUCUUCCCGUUUCCUCACUCCCAUCCCCACUAUCUCCCACCCCACACACGCCGUGGGCACCUUGCCCUACAGCCAAGCAAGCGCAACGUCCCACCUAUCUCGCCUAUCCAUCCAAAAACAUCCGUCCGUCUUGCACCCCCAUGCAUUCGUCCGUCUCGAUCAGCACAGCAUGCCGACAUCGCCGCCGUCGCUCCUGGACCUCCUGAGCCCCUCCCCUCCUGCUCCUGAGGCGGCGGCGUCGUCUGGACACGGCGGCGCCACGGUGGUGCAGGUGGUGCCGAUGGACGUCUCCGAGGAGCUGCUGGGCAAGUUCAUGGAUGCCAGCGAGUUCGGCUUCGACUACGACAGGAGCGGCCUCUGGUCCCCGCUCGUGCUGCUGCGGCCGGAGGUCCUCGCGCUCGCCUCGGGCCGCGCCAAGCGCCCACGCCCGCGCCGGAGCUGGAGAAGGAAGAUGUUUUGCUGCUGGUGACAUGCAGCAUGCGCCGUUUGUGUUUCGGGCAAUUGGGAUGUUCAUAGAUCAUUCCGCAGUUUAGGGAGACUUGCUAAUCGAUGUAUUUACGCGGACAUUACUACUUAAUUAGUUCUCUGUAAGAAAAUAGGGACUUUAACCCUGGUGUACUUUGGGCCGGAAAUGAUGGAUGGACUGCCCAUUUUCACCCUCGAGUGAAUAAGGAAA